GGACGUGGUGGUUCGUCCGGUGCGAAAUUCCGUAUUUCCCUGGGUCUUCCUGUGGGAGCUGUGAUCAACUGUGCGGAUAAUACAGGAGCCAAGAACCUGUACAUCAUCUCCGUGAAGGGGAUUAAGGGCCGCCUGAACCGGCUGCCAGCUGCUGGUGUAGGCGACAUGGUGAUGGCCACUGUCAAGAAGGGCAAGCCUGAGCUCCGGAAGAAGGUGCACCCGGCAGUGGUAAUUCGGCAGCGGAAAUCGUACCGGCGAAAAGACGGGGUAUUCCUCUAUUUUGAAGACAAUGCGGGAGUGAUAGUAAAUAACAAAGGGGAAAUGAAAGGCUCAGCAAUCACAGGCCCUGUGGCGAAGGAAUGUGCAGAUCUGUGGCCUAGGAUAGCUUCCAACGCUGGCAGCAUUGCAUAAACCUGCUCCAUCCUCAUUAUCAAGAUACAAUAAAAGUGAUUGCACCAAA